GCCAUUUUGGUGCCGGCAAAAUUCAAGCUCACUCAUGUUGCGCACAUCAGUCUGCAGGAGGUUAAUGCUCCCUGAGCCGAAACUGGGUUUUAUGAAGACGUUUGACCCAUUUCCAAAUACCGUAAUACAGUGUGUGUGGCUGCCCUCCCAACGAGUUCACCAUGCCGAUCGAACUGGCCACGCAGCUUUAUCUGUCAAAUGAAGAGUUCUUGAACACGAGGACGGCUAAAUACAACAGGCCCUUGCGGCCAUGUAUACAUCAAUGUCAAAGUACCAAGCUUAGUUUUAGCUCACCUAGAUGGCAGUCAGAAUUGAAUGGGGUCAGUGCACCUUUAGCGGUGCCCGGGAAGGCCAAAAAACAAGUCUCUUUUGCUGAUCACAAGGGCCAUGCCUUGACGAUGGUGAAGAUGUUUUCUGAAUUUAAUGACCCCAUAGACAUCCCAUCCAACAUUGAGCAGUUUUUUACAGCUUCGCUGACUCUGUCAGAGGGGAAGGGCAAGUUAAGCCUUGACUUUGAGCAGCCAUCUGCAGAUUACUUAAAGUUUCGCCAACGUAUAGAAAAUGAUCACGUCUGCCUCGAGCACUGCAUGCUGAAGGAAAAAUCUAUUGCAGGCACGGUCAAAGUCAAAAAUCUUUCCUUUGAGAAGUCGGUUAAGCUUCGCAUUACGUUUGACGAUUGGAAGUGCUGCACUGACAUAGUAUGUCAGUACGUUAAAGACACUUACACCGGCUCGGACCGUGACACCUUCUCGUUCGAAGCAGAUUUGCCUGAUCAAGUGCCUCCACAUGAAUGCAUUGAGUUUGCCAUCUGCUAUGAGGUCAAUGGCUUUGCGAUCUGGGAUAACAACCAAGGGCAGAAUUACAGAAUCAUUCAGUCAACACUGAAGAGGAGUUCAAAUGACUCAAGUGGUGGCCAUCAGCGAUGUGGUGUGAGUGAUUGGGACAUUAAUUUUGACCGAUAUGGAAGUCCCAGAUGUUCACAUGGAAUCUUUCCCAAUUGGCCAAGUUAUGCUGGAUAUGAAGAAAUAGGUCCGUAUUACUAGGUGUGUACCUUUAGUGUCUACAUAUCCAUUGGAUGUUGUAAAGCGAGAAAUGCCUCGUAAUAAAUUUUUCUUACGGGUAACCUUUCCAGCUUGCAGGAAGACUUUAAAAACCACAGCAACUUCUGUGUUGUUCUUUGGACUCUAAAUCUUAUGACUUGGAAUGUAUAGCAAUAAGGACAUUUGAGAUAUUUAUCGUCAAUAACAAUUAAUUAUUUUGUGCAACAGAACAUGUUAUAUUUUUAAAAAAUGCGGAUUAUGGAGCAAUGCAAAUAUGUAAUUGAGGCAAAUUUUGUGUCUAUUUUCCAAUGCCCAUCAGAUGUUUUGAAGCCAGUUUAUAUGCAGGGUUGUAUGUUCUUGAUGUUGAUUCUGGGGUUUGUAUGGAUUUGUUAACAAUCCUCCAGUGCUACUGCUUUCCAUGCACCUUAUAAAAUAGUACAGUGUUAAUUGCAUUCUUAACAUUGUAAGUGAAUCUGCAGGGCAGUAUUUAAACUGUAAAUGACCAUAACAAUUUGGUUAAAGAAAUAAGCUGUUUUUCUGGCAGGGAUCAAAAUUGUCAUCACUGAGCAUGAUUUUGAUAUGAAAAGUCUAACGGCACAGAAAGAAUUAUCUAAGAAAAGAUCAUUGUUUUCCCAUAAAUGUGAGACCAUGAAAUUGGACUUCAGCCUAGGUGCAUAUAUGCUACUUCAGCUACCUUUUCAAAUUUUUGCCUGAACUAGUUUUAAAUGAUGAACGAAAAACUUAGUCACUGUGUUUCUGUAAUUUUUAAAUCAUAUAUAUGGCUUAUUCUCACUGUAUUUUUCUACACAACAGGAUUAUGAUACAAGUUUUGUUUGGCAGUUAAGUUGAUGUGUAUUGAUAUAUUUGUUCUGGGUAAAAUGCACUUUAAUUUCUGUUGCAAUGGUUAAUUUCUUUUCAUCCAUUUUAACGUUUGUUGUUUGUAAUUGGAUUUAGAUGUGUAAGAACCACCUUAAAUAUAUUGUUGUUAAGUUCUUUUGGCAGUAGUUGGUAUGUUCAAUACAUGCAUUUUAAUGCAUUGUUUUAAUUUUUUCUGGUCACUGAAAACAGUAAAUAAAGU